GUCAAUGCUGUCGACGACAUCCAGGAAGUGUGUGCAGCAAGGGAAGCUGUGUUAAAAAUGGCAGCGCACAGGUACGGUUUGUCUCUAGUAUUCAUUUUGAUUCUCUCUAGUUUAGCACGCCCCAGUAGUUGUGACACGCUUGAAAAAGCAAACGAUAACACAGAAGAAAAACAGAGCGUUUCAGACACGCCACGAGAGGUGAAUAGCGACGGCAGUAUCGCCGCAGAGGAUCUGAUUGAAAGGCAAUGGCAGUCGACUGAUGUUGAGGCGGACAGAGGCGAUGGCACCAAAAACAGCGAGUCUUUUACAGCAGCAGCAGCAGCGAGAGAUGAGUUUCAGGAGGAGCUGGUCAUCCGGCCACUGCACUCCGGAGACAUUUAUGCCAGCUUCCAGUUCCGCACACUGUGGGAUAUUGACUUCCUGCAAGAGCGACAGAAGGUUUCUCAUUACCGGCUGUUCCCCAAAUCCCUCGGUCAAGUGCUCUCCAAGUUUUCAGUGCGAGAGCUGCACAUCUCCUUCACCCAGGGCUUCUGGAGGACCAUGCAGUGGGGGCAGCCCUUCAUCCCCUCUCCACCUGGAGCAGAGCUGUGGGUGUGGUUCCAUGACACAGUCAGCGAUGUGGAUGGAAACUGGAAGGAACUUACCAACGUCCUCUCUGGAAUCUUCUGUGCAUCUCUGAACUUCAUUGACCUGACCAACACCGUACAGCCCAGUGCUUCUUUUAAACCGCUGGGUCUGGGAAAUGCUACAGAUCACCGUUUUUUACGUUAUGCAACAUUACCACGUGAAAUCGUCUGCACUGAGAAUCUCACACCCUGGAAGAAGCUUCUCCCUUGUGGUUCUAAGGCAGGUCUGGCAGUUCUCCUGAAGUCAGAGAAGCUGUUUCACAGCAGUUUCCAUUCCCAGGCUGUUCACAUCAGACCCGUCUGUCAGGAUGAACAAUGCGCAAGUAAAGCGUGGGAGCUGAGACAAACUCUCAAUGUUGUGUUUGAUCUCUACACUUCAGGCCAAGGCAAAAAGGAAUGGUCUUUGUUCAAGAUGUUUUCUCGAACUUUGACAGAGGCUUGUCCUCUUGCUACCUCUAGUAAAGUCUAUGUGGACAUCACAGACAACCCUGAGGGGGAGCUGUUUGAGUUGAGUCCUGCAACUCCUCUGCUCAGCCAAGCUGUGGUGCUGGGGGAUCGCAGGACAUAUUCAGUGUUUGACCUGACCAGAGCUGAGACGUUUGGCCAGUUACGUUCACUCAAUCUCCUUCUGCGCUGGAAAGGAAACAGUGGCGAUAUGCUUCGUCCUCUGCUGCAUGCAGAGCGCUAUGUGGCAGGUUUUGGGCUGCAGACAGGGGAAAUUCACACUGUCAUCUAUAAUAACCACCCAUAUCGGGCUUUUCCUGUGCUGCUGAUGGAUUCAGUGCCCUGGUACCUGCAAUUGUACAUUCACACCCUGACAGUCACCAGCAAGUCCCGUGAUAACAAGCCCAGUUACAUUCACUACCAGCCUGCUAAAGACCGCCAUCGUCCUCAUCUACUGGAGAUGCUGAUCCAGUUACCCCCUCACUCUAUGACAGAGGUCACUGUACAGUUUGAAAGGGCCCUGCUCAAAUGGACUGAGUACACACCUGAUCCUAACCACGGCUUCUACGUUGGGUCCUCUGUGGUCAGUGCCCUUGUGCCAAGUAUGGUUGCAAUGAACACCAACUUCACACAAGACCAACCGUUGUUUAGCAGUUUCGUCCCAGUCAAAGAAGAAUCAAGCUACUUUGUGCGAGUGUACACCGAACCGCUGCUGGUAAAUCUACCCACGCCUGACUUCAGCAUGCCCUACAAUGUCAUCUGCCUCACCUGCACGGUGGUCGCGGUGGGCUACGGCUCUUUUUACAACUUGCUGACCCGCACCUUCCAGGUGGAUGAACCGAGCCUGCCGCUGGCGAAGCGAUUGGCCAACCUCAUCCGCCGCAUAAGGGGAGUGCCCAUGCUGACCUAAACUGCCGAGAGCAGGUCUGGUGCCUGAAAUGUCCAUAUUAGGCAGCGGAGAGUAUCGUGAUGCUUAAACGGCAACUGCUGGAGUUUUAAGAUGCUUUUCAGCCUGGAAAGAUUCGAUGCCAAGUGACUGUUCUGAACUUCUGUUGAACAAAUGAGCUACCAAGAUGGAUUAUCCUCCUUUUUAUGUUUUGUUUUGCUUUGUUUUUUGUUGUUCUGAGUCACAUAGGCAAAGAUUAGCCACCUUUUGCUUUUUGUUUUGUUUGUUUUCUGAGUCACAUAAGCAAAGAUUAGCCGCUUUUUUGUUUUGUUUUGUGAAUCGCAUAAGCAAAGACAUUUUUUCAAUGUUGUUUUGGAAAAUGAUAGCUUGUUGUCAGGUGAACGUUUCUCAAAGGAACUGCAUGGUUCGGGCAUCUGGGAGAAAUAUACGUGGAAGUCGUCUCCGUUUACUCCACCCUUUUUGAGAGCGUGACUGAGCCUCAUAGAAACACAGACACUACAAUCCGACUACUGAAAAUGGAUGUCUAAGAAUGUGGCAAAUAUUUUCCAUGUUCUGUAAUGCACUGAUAUUUAAAUAUGUGUUGUUUUGAAUGAUUAGACUGUUUUGUUUUUAUUCUGUGCUUUUGCCUGUGGGCUGACCACAUAAUGACCUCCAGAUUGGGUGUUAUUGAAUUAAAAGUUUGAAGAUCUUAACACUGGUUAACUUUCCCAUAAUAAACUGACUAGAAACCCAUGUGUUAAGAACAGUUUGACUCUUUAGUGCAACAUUUUUUGUUCGUGCCUCAAGGGAUUUUGCGGAAGAAUGUAAUGGUUUUUUUGGAGGGUUUAGGAAACUAUUCAGCAUCCCACUCAGCUGUGCCAUUCUGUUUGAAUUACUGUAUGUGAAAGAGCCUCGGCAUUGGCUGAUUGUAAAUCUUUCUGUUAUCUGACUUGGAAUUUUAGAAUA